UAUUAUAAAAAGGCAUUGAUUGACUUUGCAUUCGAUAAACAAAGUCGUGCCUGGUGCACUGUUCUAAUUUUUUUUGUCAGUAAGUACUCGCAGCCUCUUUCGUCGAACUGGUGAUACAGCAAUUAAUUAUUAUUGAAAAUUCAUUAGCUUUUCCUGCAAAAUGGCAGACGAUAAAAUAAUCACCGAUGAAGUUAAGCAAAUGGUUGAGGAACUUUCUGACAAACUUGCUAUGCAAAAAGAUCAAGUUUUGAUGCUCUAUAGGACAUUCGUAGCUUUCGAUGUUGAUAAAAAAGGCUUCCUUGAUCUUGAGAUGAUUGGUCAAAUUCUCGACAUGUUAGGGCAUCAGUUAACUUCUGAUGAACUUCAGGCUAUAGUUAAUGAAAUUGAUCAAGAUGGAAACGGCGAGUUAAGCUUUGAAGAAUUUAGUUUGCUGGCAUCCAGAUUUGUAGUUGAAGAAGAAGAAGACACAGAAGUAAUAUUAAAAGAACUAAGAGAUGCGUUUCGGCUUUAUGAUAAGGAAGGACUAGGCUAUAUCACAACUGAUCUAUUAAAGGAAAUUUUAAAAGAGUUGGACGAUAAGAUGACUCCAGCCGAUUUAAAUGAAAUGAUAGAAGAAAUUGACGUUGAUGGUUCAGGCACCGUGGAUUGGGAAGAAUUCAAAGCCAUGAUGAUUGGCUAGUAAGUGCCGUUGUAAAAGCAUACGCAUCUAAUUUUAAUUAAUUAAACGUUCGUGUUACAAGGUCACCCACGAAAUACCAAAAUUUUGGGCAAACGCCAAAGCACUGAUGGGCUGUACAUAUUUUUAAGUUGUUUAGAUUUUAUUAAAAAGUAAAUAACAUACUUUAAACAUUAAA